AGUUAGGGGGUCGUCCAACAUCUUUUCAUUGAUGGUCAUUGGUUAUUUAAUCAGUGAUGCGCGUUUUACUCAUUUAAGGCAAAACUCUUCUACACUUCGGAUGUGAUAUUUAACGCAUUCGGAAAUCAUUUACCUGGAAAAGGAGUUAAUAAAGAUUUUGGUUAAGAAACUUUGAAAAUCAAGUCAUUCUGCAACCAUGUCUGGCCUUCUUGGAGUCACUGACUAUGUGGUGAUCAGCUUGAUGUUGGCAGUAUCGGCGUCCGUGGGUCUUUUCUUCCGUUUCACAGGUGGACGGCAAAAAACAACACACGAGUUCUUAAUGGCCGGAAAGAAUAUGAGCAUCUGGCCAGUGGCAUUCAGUCUGAUGGCGACCUACAUGUCGGCUAUUUCCGUGCUGGGAUUGCCAGCGGAGACAUAUAUGUACGGAACUCAGUUUGUGAUGUGGAUGAUCGGUAUGCCAUUCGGUGGUCUCGUGGCUGCCUAUGGAUUUCUACCAGUCUUCUUCGAUAUGGAAGUCUCCACAGCUUAUGAGUACCUAGAGAAGAGAUUUGGAAAAAUGACAAGAACUAUUGCUUCGCUUCUUUUUACUGUGCAAAUGAUAUUUUACAUGGCUGUUGUCUUGUAUGCUCCGUCUUUGGCCCUUAAUGCAGUUACUGGACUGUCAACAUGGACAUCUGUAAUUUCUCUAGCUGUUGUGUGCACAUUUUACUGCUCAUUGGGUGGUCUGAAAGCUGUUCUCUGGACAGAUGUAUUUCAAGCUAUCCUGAUGUAUGUCACUAUAAUAGCCGUUGUCGCUAAAGGUUGUAUUGACACGGGAGGAGCAUCGGAGGUGCAUAAUAUUGCAAACAAAGGUGGCCGUAUCAUUUUGUUCAACACAUCUGUUGACUUCACAGCCCGAUAUACGUUAUGGAAUUCUAUUAUAUCUGGAAUGUUGUUCAGUUUUCAUACGUUUGGCACAAAUCAAGCGCAAAUACAGAGGAUGCUGAGCGUUGGGGACUUGAAAAAAGCACAAAUGGCUCUCAUUUUGAGUCUUCCUCUGAUACUGUUUUUCAACAUAUUUUGCUUCUGGGACGGUGUAGUUAUUUAUGCCAGUUUUCAUGACUGCGAUCCCAUGCAAAAUCCUGCUAGCGGCCUCAGUUCUCCUGAUCAGUUAAUGCCCUACGCAAUCUUGAAGAUGUUUGGACACAUUCCGGGAUUACCUGGACUUUGCAUUGCAGGAGUGUUCAGUGCUUCUCUUAGCACAGUUUCCUCCGCUGUGAACUCACUGACUGCUGUGACUAUGGAAGAUUUCAUUCGGCCUUACUGUUUCUGCAAACGUCUUACAGAAAGCUGGGCAGCAUUUUUGGCCAAGGUUUUAGCCAUUGGAUACGGUGGUUUAUGCCUUCUUCUAACCUUCAUUGUGGCUAAUUUUCGCGGAGUUUUGGAAGCGUCAAAUGUUAUGUUUGGAAUGGUGGGAGGACCAAUCCUCGGAAUCUAUUCACUUGGAAUGCUUAGUUUGACUGCAAACGAACCGGGAACUCUUAUAGGGCUUCUGGCAGGUUUUCUUGUCAAUGCUUGGUUAGGUUUUGGAUCCUAUGCCGCUAAAGUUCCGAUUCCUGCCCUUCAUCGAACGACUGAAGGCUGUGCUGCCAUUGCCAAUGAAACCUUUCAUAUUGCAGGGGAAACAUCAAUGAAUGAAACAGAACCUUUAUUUGACAUGGGUCUGGAAAAUGUGAUAGACGCUUUAAGCCUUACAGCAGAAGAAGACAGGUAUAUUUUGCCAGUAUAUAAAAUAUCUUUCAUGUGGUUUCCUGUCAUCGGAUGCCUAGUGGUCGUUAUAGUCGGAUAUAUUGCUAGCACUAUAAUAGGUAUCUGGAAAAAGCAAGACGUCCAACCAGAGAGUUUCAGUCCCUUUGUAAGAAAUUUAUACUUCAAAAAUGAAGUACCGAAACAGCAUCUCAAUGAAAAAAUAUAUCCUGAGAUUGAAAUGAACUUGAAGAAGCAGAACCAAUUCAAGAACAUCAAUAACGGACAUUCAAAUACAAUUGUGACGAUAUCGUGAUGAGGGAUCACGUGAUAGAAAGAAAAUAUACGAUUCACUUGAGCUGCAUAUGUCCCGAGCAGUAUCUGAACUGAAAGUCUUUGAAAUGUAAAGAACGUCCAGAAAAAGAGCCAACAGUCAUAUUAAGCUAUAUCGUACUGAAGCAAAUUUCUUUUUUAACCUAAAACGUGUUUCGUUUUUACCUAAGAUUGCUGUAAAGUAAAAUUCGUUCUGCAUUUAAGUUAGCUCACAAAGUUAAGAUUUUAUAUUCAGGUUUUCACAAUUUUUUAAGUUAGCUCAUAAAAAUGUUCAUAUUUAUGUUUCUGAUGAAUUACGAUUUAUUAAUCAUAGGUAUAACUGAAAUAAUUUUCAUGAAUUUGUACAGUAAACAAUUAAUGUAAUAAUUAUAAUAUAGUACAAAAAUUCUUUAAAAAAUGUAUCCGAAGUCGAUACUAGAUUUUUGCAGCCCGGUGCAAUCUCUGUGGCUUCAUAUAUUCUCCUUCCCUUCCCGUAUCUAUCUAAAUUCUAAAUAUUCUGCCACCCUUAAGAAUCCAGUCGACAGAUGUGGCCCGUGCACUUGAAGCUACUACACCGGCUAUGGCGCCGUUCUUUCUGUAACCUUACUCGUAAAAAUCAGGUAACAGUUGGUUCGUAUUCAGUAACAAGAGAAAUUGCUUCUGAAAAUGCAUUUUGUAUUUUGUGUAUGUUUUAAGCAAAAUUUUCUUUAUAAAAUCUUAUGCGGAAUUUUAGUAUAUAUUUUGUACAUAAUAAUAACUUACGAAAAAUUUAGACAUCACGUUUAUUAACAUUUGUAAAACUUUCAUUUCAAUUAAAUACAUAUGUGCGACAUAUAUCAUUUGUAUAUAAAAUAUAAAUGUGCUUAUGUUUAUACAAUAUAUUGGAAUAUGUACAUAUUUAUUGUUAUGUAGAUUCCUAUAUUAAUUAGUAAAGCUCAAAUGUGAGCAUAUAUGUAUUUUGUUUUGUUUACAUAUAUUGUAUUCCUCUUUAAAUUCAUAUAAAAUAUUAAAUAAACUUUAAA